AAAUAAAUAUAAAUUUGUGUAUAAAAGGACACCUUCACUACCUGAUUAUACAUCAUCACUCCACAUUGCCACAAUUGUUCAUCAUCUCUCCUUAUCUCUCUACUGCAGCAUAAGAGAUUCGAAUAAGUACACGAUGGCCCUAAUGGUGAACGCUAAAGGUGGAAAUGGAGGGAAAGAAUGGGAUGAUGGGUUUGAUUAUGAGGGUGUAACAAAGAUACAUGUCCGAGCUGGUUCUGAAGGCAUUCAGUUCAUCAAGUUUGACUAUGUCAAGGUUGGAAAAACUAUUGAUGGACCAAUCCAUGGUGUUUCUGGCCUUGGUAUGACACAAACGUUUGAGAUUAACCAUUUGCAAAAGGAAUAUCUGGUAUCUAUUGAGGGUUACUAUGACAAAUCUACGGGCGUGAUUCAAUCAAUCCAAUUCAAAACUAACGUGAAGACUUCUGAUAUGAUGGGGUUCAACAAGGGUACUAAGUUUUCCCUAGGAAUCAUAAGGAACAAGAUCAUUGGGUUUCAUGGAUUUUCUGACAAGAAUGUCUAUUCUCUUGGAGCAUAUUUCAUCAAGGUUCUUGCAACCAAAUCGGGAAUGCAAGGUGGUCAAAACACAGGGAAAAGUUAUGAUUAUGGUGGUGACUAUGAUGGCAUAAGAAAAGUGUACGUUACAUAUGAUGGCACUUCAAUAAGGCAUAUGAGGGUGGACUAUGAUAAAGCCGGUCAAGUGGAAUGCUAUGAGUACGGGGACAAAACCGGAACACAAUAUAAGAUUACGGUGAAUUAUCCAUAUGAAUGUAUCACAUCCGUAGAAGGAAGCUACGCAAAUACCCAACCUUAUGGAUGUAUUGUCCUUAGGUCGUUAACAUUCAAAACAUCAAAUGGGAGGACCUUAGUAAUUGGAACAGUGACUGGUACCAAGUUCUUGCUUGAGAGCAAAGGAAAUGCUAUUGUUGGGUUCCAUGGACGGGUAGGUUCUUGUGUUGAUAGUAUCGGUGCAUAUUACGCUCCGUUUUCUCCUUCUCCUCCACCUACACAGAAACUAGAGGGACAAGGUGGUGAUGGAGGAGAUUCUUGGGACGAUGGUGCUUUCCUAAAUGUAAAGAAAGUAUAUAUUGGACAAGGCUCGAACGGUAUUGUCGCCGUUAAGUUUGAGUACGAGAACGACGCUAGUGAGGUUGUUGUUGGAGAUGAACAUGGAAAGACUACAUUGCUUGGAUACGAAGUGUUCGAGCUGGAUUAUCCGAAUGAAUACAUCACAUCAUUGGAGGGUUGCCACGACAAGGUCAUGGGAGCUGAAACUGGAGUUAUAACAAUGCUUAGGUUCAAGACAAACAAACGUACCUCUCCACCUUUUGGACUUGAAGCUGGUGUCAACUUCGUCCUCCAGAAGGAAAGUCACAAGAUCACUGGGUUCCAUGGAAAGUCCAGUACUAUGCUUCAUCAGAUUGGGGUUCAUGUCGUUCCCAUCACUGAGUGACCAUCCAUAGCUACCUUUAUAAAUGGAUGAAUAAUCGGAUUAUUAUAAUCCUCUGUCAAAGUUAGGUUUUGUUACUUUCACAUGAUUUUCCUUUAGUUGUUAUUUGUGUUCCAUUAUGCAUCGUUAACGUAUUUUCACUUUUCAGAUAAUAAAAAGACAAUUAUGUAUGAUUUAAUAAUUGUCCAAACUUUACUAGACU